AGUUAAUCCUGGUUAUUGGAAAACAAAAUAACUUGGUGACUGGAUUGGAUUAAACAACUUGUCAAGAUGAAUGUUUUAAAUAUAUUAUUACCAUGCAUUCUUCUUGUGAUGUUUCCCUCAACAAACAAUGCAGUGGCAGUUGGAAUAGUAAACGUCAUUUUUGGACCCUUAAUGGCAGCAAUUAUGUGUCAAUUCUUCAAUGAUUACGAACUUUGCCAAUCACAAAGAACAAUUGGAAAUGUUGGCGACAUAUCGGAUGCAGCGAAAAAUGUGAUUAAGUUAGCACAAAAAAGGAGCUGCACACCAUAUGAUUGUUCAGAUGAGCCAGAGAUUGCGCCAAUCAAUCUGUGUAUCGCCAUACAGAAAUCUUGCACAGUUAAUAACAAUGAUGUUAAAUGGGCCUAUGAACAUGCCAAAGGACUAAUAAAAAACAUUGAUAAUGCUGGGUUUAUAAGUACUGUUAUAUACUCUGACGAAGGGGAAGUCCAGCAUAAAUUGAGACGUGAACCCGACACCAAACUGAAAUCGUUAAAUAAGCCGUUCAAGAAAUUCAAACCUCCUAGAAAUCCUGAAUGCGAAGAUUGCAAGGCGAACACAAAAUCUGCAAUUCAAAAAUGCUGGGAUGAGUUUAACAGAACAAAGAACACACUACAGGAUGUAAUGAUCAUAUACACCGACGGGGUGUCCUUUGAUACGAGGUUCAAUCUAGCUGAAGAAAGACAAAUCACGAUAGAACAUGCAGAGGGAAACAGGGCGAGGAACAUUCAAACAUUUGUCAUAAAAUACAAAAACCCCAACGGUCCAAUCAAAGGAGAUUUUGAAUGGAGAGCAUUGAACAACCCCGGGGCGUUGGCCGACUUACCACAUCCCGAACCUAUGAGUCUCACCAAGAAUUUUAAGGCUACAGAUUUCCUUAAAGAUGUAUGCGGGUCUAUACCUGAUUGUACACCGAAACCGCCGUCUUGUGGUGAAAUCGACCUCGUUCUGAUUAUUGAUCGAUCUAAUAGUAUUACAGUGCCUAAUAUAAAGCGUACCAUCAAGUUCCUUGGCAGUAUGGUUAAGAAUCUUCAGGUUGAUAGUGCCCACAUACGCGUUGGUAUCAUCUCGUAUAAUCAGAUUGUCUACGUACAUUCGGAUGUCAAUGAAGCACUGAGCAAGAAAGAUGUGCUGGCAAGAAUUGCUACAAUUCCAACUUCGAAUGCAUUGGCGACCCACACACACGAAGCACUGGCCAAGGCACGUGAAAUGUUAAACAACAGUAGUAGAAGAGGAACUGCAAAGCAAGUAAUUGUCGUGGCAACUGAUGGUCAAACUUGGCUGUUGAAGGACAACGUUGGUGGUUACGCGGCCAAGCACAAUUCUCCAAUUACAGUUGAGGAAGCCAGACGCGCCAAGGAAGAAGGAGCUGAGUUAUUUACUAUAGGCUUACCAAACAGAGGAGGUGCUAUAAGAGGAAGGGAGGAAGAAUGGAUCCCAAUGUCUAGUGAUCCUUAUGAAUGCCAUUUCAUUGACAUGACAGAGCCAGAUGUGACAUUUGAUGAUCUAGUAUUUGCACGGUUCCAUAUUUUAACACAGCUUUGUAUAUUUGAAGAAGGCGAGUGUCAGUAUGUCGCAGAUGAAGAGGAAAUCGAAAGACGUGCUGGAGAAGCUUUGGAGGAGGGAAGUGGUGAAAUCUAGACUAAUCACCAUAGUGACACAAAACAAUGAACGGAAACAUUAUAUAUUGAUGGAAUUAGUGCUAUUUUAUAUUGGG